GGAGGCCCAGGAAACAACGGAAACGAUGGGCCACCAGGACCUCCUGGAGACAAUGGAAACCCAGGAGCGCCUGGACAGCCUGGUGACAACGGUUCCGAUGGUGAAAAUGGAGACAAUGGAGGUCCAGGAAGUUGCGACCACUGCCCACCACCCCGCACUGCUCCAGGAUAUUAAGCAGAUAUUCAAACUAGGUUGCUAUAGCACCAAGCUCAAUUUCGCUGUAGAAAACACAUUUAGGUGUUUGAUAAAGAUUUGUAUGAGCAGAUUUAUGUCCAACAGCAGAAACUUAUUUUUAUACUUCCCUAGCACGUUUGAUUAUGUUACAAUUAUAAUAUUGCUAACGUCAAAAACUGCAGGAUUUCUUGAUCAAAAAAAAAACGAAUAUCGUUACCUUUGGCCCAUAUACCACUGUUUCAAUUCACCAGCGAUUGUAGAGUGGAGUAAUACCUUUCAGAAUACGGCGUCCAAGACUCUUUAUAACGUGAGCUUAUCUAUCUUUCGCAAUUAGGU